AUGACUGCUUGGCAUCAAAUCAUGUUUCUAUCGGAGGGUUUUCCUGAUGGAUCAGAGGAGCGGAUUUCAGAGAAGGCUCGCAAAGCAGGUGCUGCUCGCGCAGAAGUAGACGCUCUCAAGACGAAACUCAAAACACACGCAGAUUACGACGAGGAAUUCACUGAUGGCAUCAUCUCCCGGAACCUGUACCUUGAACGCUUGUGGAACAAGGUUGCCGCCUCAGCUCCGAACAGCGAGCAUCCCAUCGUGCAGCUACCAGGGACUUGGUUCGCGUCCCGGAUGACUCGCCCGAAAAAUCCCUCAGAAAAUGAAAGCGGAUCGUUCUCUGCAUGCACAUGUUACGUGUUGCACGGCAUGCUGGUCAUGAUACAUGUCAUGCUCAUUGUGUCUUAUAUAUAUCGCUGGGAACACAAUGUGACUCUCUCGUUCACGCCCACGAACGCUGAUUUUUGGCCCGUGGUGCUGAGUGCUUCACUACAAGCAUUUUACACACUCUACACAGCUGUUCUGGUCUUCCUUACCCAACGGCUUGCGAUGUCAAGGGCGCUUGUACGCCGUCUGAAAUUAACUACCAUACACGACAUCUCCAGCGCAUGGGCAGGCCUUGGUUCCGCACUCAGUAGUGUCUGGAAACAAACUCAUAUAUCUGCAUCAUUGUCGGCAACCACUGCUGUGACAACCUACCUUGUAUGCAUUUCCGUGCUGCAUGUCACCUCUUCCACUCUCCUACAAUUUCAAACAUUCAAUUCUUCUAUUACAACUAAUGUUUCAACAACACUAGGAUGGGUGGAUGUAUCAAGUACUACCGAAAACCCGGUAGCUAUCACUGGAUCUUUACCGGCCAUCAGUCGAUUUCCUGGACUUGUCUCUGCAGGGAUAUCCAAUAAUACAGUCUACGACACCCUGCAAACGAGCUCUGUAGUCGGACGUGCAACUGUGAAUGCAACGACGAUAACUUCGAGUUGCGGAUUACUUCCAAAUGUCACAUACUCUCGAAAUAACAACACAGCAACCGCUCCGCUUGGCAGUGGAAAUGUUAUGGUCAUGACUGCGUCUUCCCCCUGGGCAGACCAGAUACGAGUACUUCAAUAUGGGGGCAGUCCGUCGGUCAAUAUGCCUGCUGUCUUGUUAAUGGUCUCUACCUUGUUGGAGAUCGAGCCUUCAGUACAAAAGGAGGUUGCGGUACCGACGAUUUGGGUAUGUCCAGCUGUGAACCAAACCAUUGAAGUCUAUUUCAUGCAAUGCUCACUGUCAACGAACAACACCGCAGUGGUGAUCGACAUGCAAACCAACACUCUAGAGAAUCCUAUGCCUGUCCCGCAGCCAUCCACGCAAUGGGAGGAAACGCUUCAGUGGACAUCUACCGACUGGUCAGAAAAUUGGUUGCCGAAGUUCAAUAAUCCGUUGUCUACACUAGGUGGUAGCGGGUAUCAAUUUAUAGAUCAAUCUGGAUAUACUAGCGAACCCUCAAUUGUGGAUGAGUUCGGACCUUGCUUUCACUAUCAUGCUACUACAAUGCCUUACCUAUGGCCUUUUAUUCUAGGAUUGAAUCUCUCAGCUCAAUAUCUCCAAUCGUCCACCGACUGGGACCAACCUCCCGUUUCUAAUUUCACUCUGAGCCCGGAUAUACUAGAAGCUGCUAUUGCGCAGACAGUUGCGCAACUCACUUGGAUGGCGGGGCGAAUGAAUGGAGGAAUUCAACCUGGCGAGGGGAUGGCCCUUGCCUACGAGGAGGUGAUUGCCUUACGCCUGAAUAUCACCCUUCUUCCUUUGCUAUUUGCGACCUCUGCGUCGGUGAUCAUGUUGGGAUUGGCUCUACACACGACAAGAGCAUUUCAUGCAUCCCGCGACAGUCAGGCUCCCAUCUCAAAUGCAGGCGCACUGCAACUCUUAUGGUUGGGUUAUCAUUCACCAUCUGUCCAAGAAGCUUUGCAAAAUGUGGAACAUCCGACGGAGGCUAACUUACGUCGCGCAGGCAUGAUAGACGUUUGUUUUGCGAGCACCACGUCUGGCGAAGCAGAGCUGUCAAUGAGGAGUUUAAUUGAUAGUCAGGCAGUUGACCGUAACGAUGGGAUGUAA